AUGAGGUACUCUGCAGUGCAAGAAGAUGGCUAUGGAGUUGGAUUAAGGCAGGAUAUACAGCCAAAUAAUAACAACAACAAUAACAAUAUUAGUAAUAAUAAUGUAGAUGAUAGUAUGAUGGCAGCCACUGGUGAAGUUGAACCAGUCGGCGAGAGUACUGCAGAUGAAUGUUCUAUGGUUUAUAAUCUGCCUUUACUUUUCGCAAAUGGCUACCCUACUUCAUUAGAAAAAAUAACAUUGCCACAGUUGGAGAAGUUCAUCACCUUUAUGACAAGAUGUUCAUUAGGUAAUAAUACCACUCAGGUACUUAAUAAACCUGCGUGGUGGCCAACGGAAGUGGAAUUUUCAAUUCCUUUAGUGCGACCUAAGAAAUCCGGAGAUAGUUGGAUGCGAUGUUUAAGGAGAGUUGUAUUACAAUGUUAUUCUUUCCAUCAAAGCGAAUAUUUGCUUCGUUUUUGCACAUAUCUCGCGCAAUAUCCGCAAGCGAAGCUUUACUAUGUCAACAACUGGGACUCGACGACCAGUCUCUACCACAAGAGUACUGGCAAGUUGUUGGCGACAUUCCGAAAUGAGAAUAUGGACUAUGAUAAAGUUAUUGAACCACAUAGGAAAUCGUUGCUACCAAUAAACAAUGCCAAUUCCAACUCUCAAGCGAAACAUAAAAAGACGCAACAGAGGAACCACCGUCAAUCACCGUCCUCCCUGGUUCGCAUCCAGCCACAAAUGGAAGAGAUCUAUUUGUGUGACAAUUGUGAUGCAGAGUUCCUGGAUUUAAAACAGAUGAAGGAUCAUGAAAAAUCAUGUGGGGAGACAGUUAAGACAGUACACCAGGAAACCAGUACCUGCUGGCGGCCAAUGACUCCUGAAGUUGAAGCUGAACCAGAUUUAACUCAGAAUCAAUUUAUGGAGUACUUUCACUUAUCAACACCCAAUCAACAACCACCAAAAACAACCACCGAUCCAUCAUCGAUUCCAGCCAUAAGUAUCGAGACUGAGCCAUCUAGAAGUUCACGGCGUAUGAAACCAUCCGCCAACCUGUGUCGUUCAUCAACGAUUCCUUUUUCCUCGCCAGCGGGUCUAGCUCUGGUUAAAAAAUCCAAAGGAAUGAAUGAGGCUACUAAACGUGAUCGUGUUGAUAGGAUAGAGUGGCACUUGAGUGCCCCAGCACUCACUAAAACUAAUAGACCUAAGUGGUUUGGUAAAUUUUCGUCAUCUGGUAGGUGGGUUGUUACUUAUAAACCCAAUACCAGUAAAGAAAAUCCACAAACUGACGAUUACGUUCAUCAGUAUACAUUUGGCGCAGUAAGACGUAAGCCUUCACUGGAUGUACGUUCGCAAAUCCUUUACAUUGCCUGUGGUUCUCCAUUUGUUAAGUUGAAUCGACUAACUGAUGAACAACUCCAAGAUUUAAAGGAACAUCCGUGGAAAUACCAACCUCCGAUACGGAAAAUUCGACAUAGAAUAAGACCACGGUUGAUAAUGAGAAUAAGUGGAAAGUCGACAGGACAAAAACGACAAUACUCGAGUAGAUUAACGGAAGUAAUGCCAAUUAUAGAACAAGGACCGGAAAUAAAUCAAAUAAAAAAAGGGAGUCUGAAGCGUGGAUAUACACCUAAUUUCCGUUCACGGCCGUCAAUGGUGCCAAUUUCAAGGAUUCCAUCCUCGACGCCAACGAUAGAAGAGCCGCUUAAUAAGACGAUAGUCAUAGUGGAUCUUUGCUCUUCAGAUGAAGAAGAAAUUCCCAGUAAUUGUGUGAUAUUGUCAGAUGAAAAUCGUGACCCGCUUAACAGUACAUUUGAAAAUGUCCGUAUGAGUAAUAGUUUUAGUAAAAAUCUCGGUUUACAACCGAUGAACGAUAGAUUGCGAGAUAGUAUUCUCACUGAUGACAACGACAAAAGCUGUAAUAAACGCCUGACUAAUGGUGUAAUCGAUGCUUUUUCACCGAUUCUAAAACCAACACCUUGA